AUGACUGUACCACUUCCCGAAUUAUGUUUGCGCGAGGUUUUUGGAUUCCUCGCGGAUGAUGAGAACGAAAGUAAUUUGUCUCGGAAACAAAAUAUAUUCUCAUGCAUCUUAACGAAUCGAUAUUGGUGUCAAACGGCCGUGUCUUUCUUGUGGAGUGAUCCUUUUUCUAUUAACCUUCGUCCUGAAAAAGCAGAAUUGCUAAUAGAUACAUAUGUUGCCAACUUUUCCCACAAGGAACUCGAAAUAUUAAAUAUUUCGCACUUCGAAUCUUAUGCUCCUCCGACAUUCGAUUAUGUCCUGUUUAUUCGCACACUCGUUGUCAGCGGAAUGAUCGAAACAACUUCUCGAUGGCUUAGACGAAAAGCGAUUACCGCUGAGGAAUGUCCAAUCAUCGACACGCUGUCUCGACACAUUUUAAGGCGUGCAUCAAAUAUCAAACACAUCGUAUCCAACUCGCUGCUCAACUUGUUCUCAGUGUCAGAUGCCACGAACUUUAUGAAUUUGACCGAGCUUACAGGGUUCGGCGAGGGAGCUCCUGGAAUAUACGCCUCCGCGGCGGAAGUCGCGAAAAACAUCCGUAUUCUGCGGUUUGCACUUACGAACAACUAUUCGGUGACGCCUACAACCGUUAAUGACAUUGCAAGUCUC